GUGCCAGACUUCAACAAAAUGUACGAGUUGUACGACCCUUGCACCUGCAUGUUCUUCUACCGCAACAAACACAUCAUGAUCGAUCUGGGCACGGGAAACAACAACAAGAUCAACUGGGCCAUGGAGGACGUGCAGGAGUUCAUCGACAUUGUGGAGACGGUCUACAGAGGCGCUCGCAAAGGCAGGGGUCUGGUCGUGUCUCCCAAGGACUACUCCACCAAGUACAGAUACUGACUGACCCGUUUGUGCGAUAAUAGUCUCUUACUUAUUACGUCAUUUUUGGGCAUUUCAUUGUUGAUAUCAUCAUCAUCAUCAUCAUCAUCAUCAUUCUCGUCUGUAAUUUUAAAUGUGGUGUCUGUAUGGACGGUAGUUUUUUUUUUUUUUGGCCUCUCAUUUUUUAUAUCAUGUCCCUCAUAAAAUUUGAGGUCAUGUUUUGAUUGUCACUUUUACAUGUACGGUACUGCGAAUAAAUAUUUCCCGAAAGAGAAAUGGA